AUGGCGCAGCCGAGCAAAUACGUCACCCUCGUCUCCGCAGACGCCUUCGAGUUUGUCGUCCUGCGUGAGGCGGCCAUGGUGAGCCCCAUCAUCAAGGGCAUGCUGGAUCCGAGGAGUCAGUUUGCCGAAGCCAAGGACUCGCGCUGUGUCUUCCAGGAGAUGAGUGGCCUCGUGCUCGACAAAGUGGUCGAGUACUUCCACUACUGGUAUCGCUACCGCAACAGCGAGGACGUUCCUGACAUGGACAUCCCCGUCGAGCUCUGUCUCGAGCUGCUGGCAGCUGCGGACUACCUGGGCUUGGACCAGGCCAACAUGAGCAUGAAAUGA